AUGAAGAAUGUUCUUAUCCACAAGGGAGCAACAUACAAGACGCGCAGCAACAGGAGAAGGAAGGUCAGAACCCCGUCCGGGAAGCUGGUCAACCGCAGAGUCAAGAAGCACUCCAAGAAGCACAGGUGCCAUGAGUGCAACGCCAUUUUGGGAAGCAUAGCCCGUAUGAGGCCUGCAGAGUUCUCGCGCCAGAAGGUUUCUGCAAGGCGUGUCAACAGGCCCUACGGGGCAACCACCUGCGGCAGGUGUGUCAGGGAGAAGAUCAUCAGCGCCUUUCUUGGCAACGAGGAAAGGAUAGUCAUGGAGAAGACCGGGGCGGCUGCCGGUGGCUAA